GCCCAUUCAGCAUCCCAGUCGCUUCUACUUUAUACCUACACGUACCUAACCACCUUACGCAACUCUUGACCAUCAAAUCAUCAAACCAUCAUUAAACCGUUUUGUCAUACCAUAACAAGUAUGCCGCCCGCUAAGAGAAGAAAGACGGCGCCGGCGUCAGAGGAAGUCAGCGAAGAACCCAUGCACUCGACUGCAGAUACCGAAACAAAAGCUCCCGAAGGCGACCACACGGAAGAUACCAGCCGUGUUGCAGAUGAGCCCGAGAACACCACAUCGGAUGCUAGCAGUGCGCCGUUGUCAAGCACAGGGCCUGACGCAUCUUCUAAAGCGAAAGAUAGAAUGGCGCGGUUCCGUGCUCUCCAAGCACGCGCGAAGACCUCAUCGGAUCAGAACCUUAAAGAAGCUGCCAAAGAAUCACAAAGGCUGGCUACAGAUCCCUCAGCACUGACAGCACUGCACCGCCGUCGUGACAUUGCCGCCUUCAAACUGCUGAAGGCUGAGACGGAGGAAGAAGGCGAGGACUUCGAGCGCAAACGAGCAUGGGACUGGACCGCAGAGGAAAGCGAGAAAUGGGACAAGCGCUUGAAGAAGAAGGCGGCACACCGAGAUAACAACGCUUUCAAAGACUACACUGCUGAGAGCAGCAAGGUCUACAAGCGCCAGCUGCAGAACAUAGACCCGGAUAUGGAGCGUUACGAGAAGGACAAGAUGAAAGCCAUAGAGAAGGCUGCGGCGUCGGGAGGGUUAGAGAUCAUCGAAAGGGAGGACGGCGAGCUCAUUGCCGUAGACAAGGACGGAAGCUUCUACUCGACCGCCGACACAACCAACUUCCACGAGAACAAGCCUGAUAAGGCUGCUAUAGACCGCUUAGUGGAUGACCUGAAGAAGGCUGAUGACGCGCGGAUGCGGAAGAGGAAGGAGCGCAUGGCGCGGAAUGGCGAUGAAGGCGAUGUCACGUACAUCAACGAGAAGAACAAACAGUUCAACCAAAAGCUGUCGCGCUUCUAUAACAAGUACACGGCUGAGAUCAGGGAUAGUUUCGAGCGUGGAACAAGGAUAUGAGACCAUAGACUACGGCGGAGUUGGUGGGAAGAUGGUGUGUGUUCUCAGCGUAAUACAUUUCAAAAGUAUAACAUUAUGAAUGGCGUAUGGAGGAGCUAUGGUACAGUCUAUAUGUCAUAU